AAUUACCCUCCCUUCGACCCUUCCGGACCCACCAACACUUGUCAACCCUCUCCAUCCAAACACCGCCCUCUUUCUCACUGACCAUCUCCAAGCUAACCCUUGGAAUCGGAGAGGAUAAUCACUAUAUAGCCGCUGAAAAAUCCAGCGAAGGGAAUGGCGACACUGGCUCGGUCCUCUAGAAGAGCCCUAGCAACCACUGUCUCCUCUUUUUUUCGAAACGAACGACAUCAGCUCCGUCGCCCGCUGGCCACUGAAGCGCACGCGGCAAUCAAGGAUUCAUCGCUAGAUCGAAUCAAGUGGGACUAUAGAGGGCAGCGGAAGUUAAUACCCCUGGGGCAGUGGGCUCCUAAGAUAGCAGUGGACGCGUACGUAGCCCCAAAUGCCGUACUCGCCGGUCAGGUAACCGUCUGGGACGGCGCAUCUGUCUGGAAUGGUGCCGUUCUCCGCGGGGAUCUCAAUAAGAUCACCAUUGGCUUCUGCUCUAAUGUCCAGGAAAGAUGUGUCGUUCACGCCGCUUGGUCAUCACCCACGGGGCUUCCGGCAGACACAUCUAUCGAAAGGUAUGUGACAAUUGGUGCAUGCAGCCUCUUGAGAUCCUGCACGAUUGAGCCAGAGUGCAUCAUUGGCCAGCACUCCAUACUUAUGGAAGGUUCUUUGGUGGAGACCCAUUCAAUCCUUGAAGCAGGAUCUGUUGUUCCUCCGGGAAGAAGAAUCCCAACUGGUGAGCUUUGGGCCGGGAAUCCAGCAAGGUUCGUCCGCACUCUGACUCACGAGGAGACUUUAGAGAUUCCUAAGCUAGCCGUGGCGAUAAAUGAUCUAAGCAAGAACUAUUUCUCAGAGUUCCUACCCUACUCAACAGUGUAUUUGGAAGUUGAGAAGAUGAAGAAGUCAUUAGGAAUCUCAAUCUGACGUUUCUCGUCACUGGCUCAACUGCUCAAGUCCUGACGCUUUAGAUUCUUCUCUUGAUUCUCUUUUUUCUUUUUCUACAAAGAAAAAUAAUCAAACACGGGUUCUCUUUGGAAUUGUAUGCUUUAUGUUGUAUGUCUAUACUCUGUAUACAUAAUGUGUGCAUUGCCUCUUUAAAAAGGGCGGGAUCUCCUGCUAUCAUUCUGCGGAUUUUAGAACUUGACCUUCACCUUAGGAAGGGAAAAUGAAUUUGAUGUUGCUUGCAUGCAUAUGAUUUUUGGCUUAUUGCAUGUG